ACUGCAGCACUAAACAGCUGUUCGAAUUUCGGCGGCAUUUUAUUUCAUUUACAAUUGCGAUUUUUUUAAACAAAAACAUGGUAAAAACUAAGGGAAAUCAAAAGAUAGUCGGCAUGCAUCCACGUAAUGUAUUACGCACGCAGCCCGACUACACCAAAAUGGCUAUAAAAUAUAAAGAUUUUCGAGAGCAGUGCCAGUUGGAGCUCAAUGGCAAGGUUUCUGUUAACUUUCGCAAUGAAAAGACCCUGCGUGAGUUGACCAAAAUGCUGUUGAAGGAGUAUUACGAUUUAGAUGUGGAUUUUGCACCCGGAAGUUUGGUGCCCACACUAGCACUCCGUUUGAAUUACAUUUUGUGGUUGGAGGAUCUAAUGGAACCUCUGAACUUGCAGGACAUACGUGGUAUUGAUAUAGGUUGCGGCUCCUCCUGCAUUUAUUCACUGCUUGGUGCCAAGAAAAAUGGUUGGCACAUGCUGGCUCUGGAAUCGAAACCACAAAACAUAGAGUACGCCAUGAUGAAUGUAAAGAAAAACCACCUGGAAAGCCUUAUAGAAGUCUAUGGUCAACCAGACAACACGAACAUCUUUAAGAGCUAUUUUGAGCAGGAUCAGCGACAGUUGCGGUAUCAAUUUUGCCUGUGCAAUCCACCCUUCUUCGACUCGAACUUACCAAAUCCCUUAGGCGGAAAUACCAGGAAUCCAGAGAGACGACCAGCACCCAAUAAUGCCAGAACUGGAAGCCAGGAGGAACUCACCUGCGAGGGCGGCGAGGUACAGUUUGUGCAACGCAUCAUAGACGAGAGUCUGGAGAACAAGGAGCGCGUGCGAAUCUACACCACGAUGCUGGGCGUCAAGGCCAACGUUCCAAGAAUACUGGAUUACCUGAAGGAGCUGCAGGUGGCGAAUGUCAGCACCACUGAAUUCCAUCAGGGACACACGACUCGGUGGGCGGUGGCCUGGAGCUUCCACUCGGAGCCACUACAGCAGGGGACAACUUUAAAUUAAGUUGCCAUUAGCUCUGGCAUCAGCUUAAAUGUAUAAGUUCUUGAAGAAUUGCUGCAACUUUCGAAUGUACUCUGACCUUCACCUGUGCUCAUCCCAAACAGCAACUUCAUUACAAGGUACCUAGAAAGCUUUCGCCUUAAAUGGAAAUUUGCAUGUCAACGGUCACUUUGCCACCCAGCUCCACGAACGGAAAUUAUCGUUUCGCUUUUAUCAUUGACCACAGCUGACCACACACUUCGACGGAAAAAGGCAAACGGAGUCGGAAUGGCAACCGAAAUGGAGGCAAACACGCUCACUAAGCACAAGUCGCCGCCGCUGGUCAACACACCGACGUUUCCACACCUUUGAGCCGGGGAAUUCGGGCGUUUCGCUUGACCACCAUGUGGGAUAGCGAAUAGCACAUUUUAAUUGCUGCACGGGCACGUUACUGCUUUGCUAAUUAUUCGACACGAAAAUACCUUUCAAUGCAGGGAGCAUAUAUUAAAAGUGAAAUCAUAGAUUCUUACAGAUAGUACUUAAGUUAAACUUGUACAGUAAAACAUAUAUAAA